CACCACCCAACUGGAACAACGGUGUCCGGCAUGCUUCGCUUGCAGCAGGACUCAUAACCAUGGUAAACAUCUACAGACAUACAUAGGCCUGCCAUGGCAACAGACUUUAUUCUCUGCAGGUGGCUCAGUGUCACGUAUUUUGUCACAAGAUUAUCUGUGACUUGCAGGUCCCAUCUGAGAGACUAGUUCUAACUCUGUUCUGCGUCUGACGACAACCUUUUCAGAAGCAAACCAGAUGCCUGGCAUUUGAGGCCACAUUGAAUUCAUCAUGACCGUGUCUGCUGCUGGCCUUUCUGUGAUGAUGCUGUGUGGGGUUCUGGUCUCGGUGCGCUCCAACAUUUGUGCUCAGGAGGUACAGAUUUACAUCUGUCAAGGGAUCCCACAAAGUUACCCUGUUGGCCUGGCCUCUCUGGUGCUCUUUGUAAGUAAUGUUGGAGCAAUCAACCGUACUGUGUUCAGUAGUGACAACCUGGCCUCAGUCACCCGCUUCACCAUAAACAACGCUGGUAUCACCAACAUCACAUCCAGAGCUCUCUGGUUCUUCCGUGACCUCAAAACCCUCAGCCUGGACCGCAACAACAUCUCCCAGCUCAACCCAGCCUGGUUCAGCCAACCAGCCAUCCUCCAAAACCUCACCCUAAUUCAGAACCAUAUUGAGGUGGUAGAGGACUCCAUGCUAAGUGGGUUAACUGGUCUAAUUAGCCUAAACCUGACCAGGAAUAUGAUCCAGAGCAUUGCUCCUGGUAGUUUUAGCACCCAGUCCCAUCUGGCCAGUUUGGACCUGUCUGGUAAUAGGAUCGUAACCAUCAGUCCUGGUAGUUUCAGUGGACUCACUGGCCUAACUAGUCUCAACUUGGCCAGUAAUAGGAUCAAGAGCAUCAGUCCUGGCUGUUUUAGCGCCCUGACCAGUCUGGCCUACUUGGAUCUGUCUGGUAACAGGCUGACCAGGGUUAACCCCCAGGAUCUGCUCCCACUCUCCCCCUCCACACAUGUCAGGCUGGAUGGCAACCCCUGGGACUGCUCCUGUGGAGUGGAGGACUUUGUCAUCUUCCUCAGAGGUCUGCAGAAUGCCUCUCUGCUGGAGUGGGAGAUGGAAGUGAUGUGUGCCAGCCCAUCAGCCCUGAGAGGCCAGCCUGUGUGGAACGUGUCCAAGUGUUUGAUACCUAACCCACAGCCUCAGGAGGAUACCCACAUACAGCCCCCAGCCAUGUCCAUCACUGUCUCCACACUCAUAGCAGUGAUCGUGGUGCUGUGUAUCCUGAUCUGUGGGGUCUGUGCCCUGGCUGUAGUCUGGAGGAGGAAACGUGAGACCAAACAGGUGAAGCCCAGUCUGGAGACAAAACGGGAGGAGGAAGCCGCAGAGCAGCCAGACAGUUCCACCACCACCCUCCACCGACAGGUGGCUUCUUCAAUAACUGACUGGGAUCCAGAGCUCGCUGCAAGGACUUACAGAUCUGGAGUCAGAGCCAAGUCUGCUGAUGCUGUCCUCUCCACGUCCCAGUUCGGCAGAGCAGAGAGAGAAGCACACAGGGUGGUGGUGGAGACUGAGCGAGAACUAUACAGGAAGGAAAGUGUGAGAGAGAGCCCGUUAAAAGAGAUGAGGAACUCCGAGGUAGAGGACAGCAAAGAGCCAGGAGAUAAUGAGUCCCAGGGGGUAGAUAGAAACCUGACAGGAAAAGAUGAUAUUAAGGGUGAAGUGAGUCAGGAAAAGGACAGAGAGGAGAGAGAUGAUGAUGGAACUGUGAAUCUGCAAGAUGGCGGCCAAAACAUAAUAUGUGUAUCCCAGGAUUCGGAGACCAUACCGUACCUGACCAUCGGUGCUGACCCGGCCGAACCAAACCUUGAACGCCACAAAGGUCCAAGUCCACAGAAAGUCAUGACAAGGAUUUCCACUUGGCCCCCCACCUCAGCUCAGUGGCAGACCCACUUCGCCAUACAGAGAGAGGGGAUCUGUGUCUUCCCUGAGAAUGACCCUGGCCAACAGGUCAAAGGUGAAACAGAGAACCAAUCACCUGACCAAGAGUUCGAACAGAUCCAGUCACCUGACCCCGGGGAAACCGAGAACCAAUCAUCUGACCUCGAGCAAGAGUUUAAAGAUGACACAGAUAAUCGUUCAGCUGAUGUUUCUGUCAGUGUUCUGGAGUCUUCACCCCCAGAAGGGGUGAUGGGUGAGGUCAAUGCUGAGGAGAACUGCAGCACGCCACCAGACUUAGAGACAUCCUCUCCAGAGUAUGAUCCAGAACCUCUUAUUGAGAUAAGCGAGACCCUGUCAGACCUGGUCGACACUUCCCUGUCUAGUAAUGUCCUGACCCAGACUGAGACCAAUCCUGGUCAAGAAAAUCCUGAAGAAUUGGAUAACAAACCCACACAAAUUAUAAACAGGGCUGUACAGAGUGAAGGCAAAUCAAACCGAAAGGGGGUGCCAAAGAGAGCAGGCAGGAGCAGAGAGAGUAGUGGAGCUCCCCCUAGUGGUGUCUCCCCCAGUGACGACAACCUGCUACUGGAUAAUGAAUACGCCUAUAUUGACUUGCUGCACGAGGUGGUUCAGAACCAGGGCAGAUGGACCAGAGAGAGGUGGAAACAGACUCACCUCAACAAAGCAGCAAGCAAGCCCCAGGGACAUUAAACUACAGACUGUGGCUUUUAUGAUCUGGUGUUGUCUUGUGUUUUUACUUGUCCUGUCUAUUGGUGUAUGUAAUAGUCUGUGUUUUGAAAAGUGCUAUACAUAAUAAAAUGUAUUAUUAACUGUGUUUUUCCCCUUUCCUGUGGUGACAAAGGGUGAGCAACCCCACCAUUAGAAGUGUUUGAGUGAUCAUUUCUCUCUGUGAUUAAACUACAGGAGUGUUUUUCCAUUCCAAUGUU